AUGAUAACAGCAAAAGAGAACAAGGAUAACAUUGAUGGGGGACGGCGCCAAUCUCGUCCAGGGAGCUUCAAGGGACCAGCGCCCCAACGAAGCUCCCCCAGCAAGCAGCCCCGCCCAGGGCCCCGCAAGGUGACAUGGGCCCCGAGUCCUCCACGCGGGCGCCAGACUCACCCCCAGAGGCACCCUAAAGAACCGUCACCCACGAAGUCCCCUCCCCCGUCACCCAGGAAGCUCCCCAUCACCCCAGCUACCUCAGAAACACCCGAAUCACCACCCUCGUCCUCCCCAUCAUCGUCCUCAUCGUCCUCCCCAUCCAUAUCCUCCCCAAUCGACUCCCCAGCUAGUACUGAUGCUCCCCAGGUGACUAUCCCCCCUCAGGAGCCCAGUGGUGUGGGUGAGAGGAGUGUGAUGAACCGGGAGGAGCUGGCGGAGGUGGGGCGGUGGGUGACGGAGGUGGAGGAGGAGCUGAGAAGGAUGAGGGAGGGCGGAUAUGCCGGGACGCACCGCCCAGCGACCCUCACCAGCGUGUUGCAGGACCUGGCGGCGGGGAGGUUGGACGAAGACAAGUUUAUCAUCUCGAGGAGGGUUGACCACUACUUCAGGACUGCUGUGAGGCGCGCCAGGGAGCAAAGGAGGAGAAGGGAGGAGGAGGCACCCCCACUCCCCCUCACUAGACCAACACCCUCACACCCGCACCCUGUCCCCGCCUCGCCCUCCACACGCCCCCACACCACGGCGCAACCUCCCCGUCCGCCACCCCCACACUCAAGUCACCCCGUACGUCCCCCCGCCCCUCCACACCCCCAACCUCCACCUCCCACCCGCCCACCCCAAAAACCUCAUACUCAACCCCCUCCUCGACCUUCCACACGUCCACCCCAACCUCCUCACACCCAACCCCUUCCUCGACCUGCUCCCCCUCAACCUCGGGCACCCUCACACCCACCUCAGCCUCACACCCAACCUCCUCUUCGUCCAGCUCAUCCCCAACCUCGCGCACCUUCACACCCAUCCCAGCAACCUCACACCCAACCUCAUCCCCAACCUGCUUCUCCUCACCCCCAACCUCAUCCAACCUCCCAUCCUCGGCCUCAACCCCCUAGUCAUCCACCCCAGCAGCCUCAAAUUCAUCCCCCUUCCCACCCAUCGUCCCACCCAUACCCUCAUCCAUUUCCUCACGAAGUACCACAAGACACAGAACAGUCACCAUCUCGUCCUCGUCUACGUGUCUUCCCGCCCUACCGCCCUCCACCCCUAUUCUUACAAUUCCCCGGCGUGAAAAAGCAGAGCAGUCACCGCGAGCAUAAGACGAACAGAAAACGGGAGGAACAUCGAAGUCACAGAACCGAGGAACGCAAAGAAGGAACAAACCGCGACGACCAAACGGGAAAGGCUGAAGUUGUCCCUCCGCAUCGUGAAGAGAAGCCCGCCAAAGACCCGAAACCAAAUCUUCAGGUCUCCACGCAAGCCUCUGUUGACAUACCGAGAGGGAACAUCGUGGAGAGGCUGCCGGGGAUCUCCAUUCAGCCCCACUUAGAGCACACCAUCUCCAGUCAGGGGAGGAACGUGGUGCUUCGUGUGAUACAUCGAAGUACGGAUGAAGGGAGUAGUGACGGAGAGGCAGAAGGGAAGGAUGAUGGUGGUGAUGAUAAGGGAGGGAGAGAUGAAGGAGCUGAUAGACAAGACGAGAUGAGAAAUGGAACCGAAGUCAUUGUGGUUGAUGAAGAACCACCCCCAUCACCUCAAUCACCAUCACAACCAUCACCGCACACACCACCAUCAGUAGUGCCACCAAACACCACCAGGAACGAAAUAGAGAACCACACACCACCUUCAUCACCACCACCACACAUAUCAUCACCAUCAGCAGUGCCACCAAAGCCUACCAGGAACGAAAUAGAGAACCACACACCACCUUCAUCACCACCACCACACAUAUCAUCACCAUCAGCAGUACCACCAAGGAACCAAGAAGACAAACACAGUCGCUCUCAAAAAACAAACCACCACGAACCAGAAUACCAAAAACAAAACAACGAUGGGAAGACUGACAAGAGCAACAACAACAGCAACGCGAACCACAACGCUACCAGAAGGAAGGAGUCGGAGCAGAACACAGUGGGGAGAUCUAGUGAUGAAGGCGAAGGAGGUGGAGCAAGAGGUGGAGGUGGCGGGGCGCGGCUUCCUGGAUAUUACCCGGAGGUGGUGUGGGAGGAGGUGGCAAUCGGGGGACAUCAGCAACGGGAGGAAAAUGACGAAGAAGAAGAGGAGGUUCGGCGGCGCGUGCAAGAGGCGGAGGAGAGGCUGAUUCAACAUGACCUUCGCCAACGCAUCCUCGACAAGGUGGCGAAGCGACUCCAAGACAGACUCUGGGGCGAGGUGGGGCAGGGAGGUAACGGGGAAGGGAGUCAGGAGCAGGGGAGUGCAGAGGAGAGUCAGCCAGGUGAUGAAGCAAAGGAGGAAGAGGAGAAGAGGGAAGAGAAGGAAGGAGAGGGUGAGGAGGAGGAAAGGAGGAUGGAGGAGAAAGAAAAGGAAGAAGAGGUAGUCCGUGACAUUAAGGCCGAGGUGGAGGCGGUGACGCGGGCGCUGCUGACGAAGAUGGUGCAAGAGAGACUCGCAGCGGCCCUUCGUCAGGUUCAGAAGCCUCCGCCCGAAGCUUCGAGUCCCAAGGAGGAGGAUACAUCGCCCCCCAGCAGCCCCAGGGAGAAGGAUCAAGAGGCAAGGACCCCUCCCCCUCCUUCCCCAGCCCGUAGUGUCCCAUCUUCUCCCAUUAAACCCCCUCUUCCACCCUCCUCCCCUGCAAAAACCCCUCCCCCACCCUCCUCCCCUGCAAAAAACCUUCCCAAAGCCUCCCCUUCAAAGCCUCCUCCCCCAUCCUCCCCUGCAAAACCCCCUACCCCACCCUCCCCAGUCAAGACCCCUCCCCCACCCUCACCCCCUCACGUCCCCUCUCCAGCACCAAGCACCCCCACGCCCUCUCCCCCACCGAGGCAGAAACCCCAACCAAAACCUCCCCUAACCCCUCAACUCUCAAAGGAAGAGGUUAGGGAGGAAAGAAGAGAGGUCAUCCCUACCCCACCCUCCUCCCCCCCCCCUGCCUCAUCCUCCCCUGUACCUCCACGCCCUCAACCUCCACCAAGCACCCCUCAACCCUCACCCUCACCCCAGAGAAAGCCCAGUAAGAUCCCCACACCCCAACGCACCCCAGCAGCCUCCCCCAGACGGACUCAACCCACCCCCAAGCCGUCUGUCCCCCCAGCAUCGCCUCCGUCAGGGCACGUCCGGAUAGCAGUGCAGCCCGUCAGAACACCCUCGCCCUCUGAAGCUCUUCGUGGCCCCGCUGUCAGCCUCUCCCCUGCUGACGGCGCCCCGGGAAGGUUUGUGACGCUAAUUGACCAGGGCACUCAGGCUGACCUCGUUAGUGAAGGGCCUACGGAAGGGACUGAAGGAGGAAGGGACGCUCUCUCCCCCGAUACCCCGUCCGUCGUGUGUCAGUCAUCCUUGGACGUGACUGUCUCGUCGUCCGCGGAGGCCCAGGACACCACCUGCCGCAGCGUAUCGGAGGGCGAGGUGCUGGUGCCCUCGGGCGGGGAGCCGGGCGAAUGUUUGCCGCCGGGGCACGUCUCCUCGCCGCUCCUGGAGGUUACUGUGGAGUCGGGGCUCGUGUCGCCUCUCCUGUUUGAGCAGCGAUCUGAGGGCGAGAUGGUGAGUGAAGAAGCGAUAGAGGAGGAAGGAGAAGUGAGAGAAGAGGCGGAAGAGGAAGAGGAGACGGAAGAAGAGAAAACAGACCAGCAACAACCCGUCAACCAUCAGCGAGGAGGAAUCACAACACACCCUCAGAGUCCCGGCGUGUCCGUGGUGAUGGAUGAAAGUUUCUCUAGCGGUGAGGCGGCGGUGGUAAGGAUGGAGGAAGAGGAGGAGGUGGAGGUGGAGAGGCCGCUUCGCCCCUCCCUCGCCGCCGUCCACCGCCGUAACGAAGAGUUGAUGGCGAGGCUCAGGGACUUUGGGUCUUUCUCGUUCCUCCUGAAGAAGCCUCCGUACCCGACGACGCAGGAGUCCUCAGCGUCGUUGUCGUCUUCGUCUUCUUCGCCCUUGCCUCCUCCUCGUCCUCGUCCAUAAUUUUAGAUAGUUUUCGUGAAAGUUUAUGGUUAUUUAGGUUUUAAUGAGGGUCUUCUUGUUCUUUUCUGGUCCUUGUAUUGCUCUUUUUCUCGUUUUUUUUUUUUUUUUUUUUCAUUAUUAACUUUUUUGUCAUAUUCUCCCCUCCUCCUCCAUCCCUUCGUUUUCUUUUGCAUCUUUUCUUUCUUAUCAUUUUUCUCCUUUUACUUCUAUAGGUUACUUCUUCCUCCUCCUCCAACUUUUCUCUCUCUCUCAACUACUGUAUGUAAGCGAUUUUAUUUACUUCUGUGUAUGUUUGUCUUGUUCGUGUGUCCGGCGUUUCCUGUGUGUCCGGCCUCCACUAUCAAGGUCGUUUUAAGUGGUUUUACAAUACGUUUAAAUUAAUGGUUUGCCACGUAUUUAUUAUUCGUGUUAGCACCGAUGGUUCUUAUGUGUUUUAGUCUCACAGUGAAGUUUUUAUAUUGAUUUUUUUCACCCAAUGUUCUCCCUUAUAUCUACCUUCGUUACUGAUGGGUAUUUUUUUAACUUAGCCUUUUCCUUACCUUAACUAGAUUACCUUACCUUGCCUUAACAUACCUUCCCAUUUCUCACCUUACCUUAUCCUCCCUUAUCUUUUCCCGAUAAAUUAUCUACGUGUUAACGUUGGUAACUUAUACGUUGUUUAGUGACUGUGAUGUGUCUGCCUUACUUGUGCCUUUGAAGGGAAUAGAUACACGAUUGCCAAUUAUUUUAGUACAUUUUUAACUUUCUAGGUAUACAGAUCUGAGGGGAAUAGAAAAUAGAUACGAUAGUUAAUGGUUUUUAUUAAAUUCUAACUCAAUGAAUUUAAAUUAAAAGAUUCUCUAGAUAUUUUUGCACGUUUUAUCUUAGAAUAUAGAUUAUUUUUUAGUAUAUUUGAUUCAUAAUAUUUAAGCUUAAGCCUAUGUACGUAUGUUUUAUUAUUGUGUAACUUGAGUACCGAUUAUUUUUUUUUAUGACUCGUUCUCGUGACGUCACGCUACAUCGAAAGGGAGUUGAGAUUGUGAGUGCUCGUCCACCGGUUGUGUCUUCUAAAUAUAUCUUCGAUCCGUAGUAGUAUUUCAAAGACCCCUGCCAUAUGUGUGUGUGUGUGUGUGUGUGUGUGUGUGUGUCAAGCAAAAAGUGCAGCCUAAUCCAACUUCUAAAC